AUGACUAGUGUACAGGAAUACAAGUUUGGUUGCCAUUUGGUUGUGAACGAGAACAUCGUGCUUUCUAGGAUUUUUCUGGGAAUAGAAACUUGUAGAUAUUAUGAAUCCAUCCUUUUUUAUCUGUAUUUACUUUUUCUUGUGCAGAGUAAAGCAAAAGCAGAAAAAAAUCAAGCGAUGGAACAAUCAAUGAGUGAAAAUUCUUGUCAGUUAUGUGCAGUUGAGAAGCUCACUUUUGAACCACCACCGAUAUAUUGCACCCCAUGUGGUGCUCGCAUUAAAAGAAAUGCAAUGUACUACACAAUUGGAACUGGUGAUACUCGGCAUUACUUCUGUAUUCCUUGCUACAACGAGGCUCGUGGAGACACCAUCAUAGCCGAUGGAACAGCAAUCCCCAAAGCAAGGCUUGAGAAGAAGAAAAAUGAUGAGGAGACUGAAGAAUGGUGGGUUCAAUGUGACAAAUGUGAAGCUUGGCAACACCAAAUUUGUGCAUUGUUUAAUGGUAGAAGAAAUGAUGGUGGACAAGCCGAGUAUACUUGCCCAAAUUGCUAUGUAGAAGAAGUUGAAAGAGGGGAGCGCAAGCCAUUACCACAAAGUGCUGUCCUUGGAGCAAAAGAUCUACCAAGAACCAUUUUGAGUGAUCACAUUGAGAUGCGGUUAGCAAAGCGACUGAAACACGAAAGACAAGAGAGAGCAAGUGUUCAAGGAAAGAAUAUUGAUGAGGUUCCUGGAGCAGAAGGACUCGUUGUAAGAGUAGUUUCAUCUGUGGACAAAAAGUUGGAUGUAAAGCCACGGUUUCUUGAGAUUUUCCAAGAGGAAAACUAUCCAUUGGAAUUUCCAUACAAGUCCAAGGUAUUACUCUUGUUCCAAAAGAUUGAAGGGGUAGAAGUAUGCUUAUUUGGCAUGUAUGUUCAAGAAUUCGGAUCAGAAUGCCAGCAACCCAAUCAUCGGCGUGUUUAUCUUUCAUAUCUGGAUUCGGUUAAAUAUUUCAGACCAGAGGUGAAAACUGUGACUGGAGAAGCUCUCCGUACAUAUGUGUACCAUGAAAUUUUGAUCGGAUACCUGGAAUAUUGCAAAAAGCGGGGCUUUACAAGUUGUUAUAUAUGGGCUUGUCCUCCACUAAAGGGUGAAGAUUAUAUCUUAUAUUGCCAUCCAGAAAUCCAGAAGACGCCAAAAUCUGAUAAACUUAGGGAAUGGUACUUAUCAAUGUUAAGAAAAGCUUCAAAGGAAAAUAUUGUUGUAGAUCUUACUAAUUUGUAUGACCAUUUCUUUGUAAAUACGGGUGAAUGUAAAGCUAAGGUAACGGCUGCUCGGCUACCGUAUUUUGAUGGAGAUUAUUGGCCUGGGGCUGCAGAAGAUAUGAUAUACCAAUUGCAACAAGAGGAGGAUGGCAGAAAACAGCAUAAGAAGGGAACUAUAAAAAAGACCAUAACAAAGAGAGCUCUAAAAGCAUCCGGUCAGACUGAUCUUUCUGGCAAUGCGUCAAAGGAUCUGCUACUAAUGCAUAAACUUGGAGAAACUAUAUGUCCAAUGAAGGAGGAUUUUAUCAUGGUUCACUUGCAACACGCUUGCACUCACUGCUGCAUUCUAAUGGUAUCUGGAAACCAAUGGGUUUGCAAUCAGUGCAAAAAUUUUCAGCUCUGUGACAGGUGUUAUGAAGCUGAGCAAAAACUUGAAGACAGAGAGAGACAUCCUAUCAACCAGAAAGACAAGCAUGCUCUUUAUCGAGUUGAAAUCAAUGAUGUACCAGUAGAUACCAAAGAUAAAGAUGAAAUCCUUGAGAGUGAGUUCUUUGACACCAGGCAGGCAUUUCUGAGUCUCUGUCAAGGAAAUCAUUAUCAGUAUGAUACCCUCCGCCGUGCUAAACAUUCAUCCAUGAUGGUUCUUUACCAUCUUCACAAUCCUACUGCCCCAGCAUUCGUGACGACAUGCAAUAUAUGCUUUCUGGAUAUUGAAGCUGGUCAAGGCUGGCGCUGCGAAACUUGCCCAGAAUAUGAUAUAUGCAAUUCAUGUUACCAAAAAGAUGGUGGGAUUGAUCAUCCUCAUAAGUUGACCAAUCAUCCCUCCAUGGCUGAACGUGAUGCACAAAACAAAGAAGCAAGACAAAUGCGGGUCUUACAGCUUCGUAAAAUGCUUGACCUUCUGGUGCAUGCUUCUCAAUGCCGUUCUCCACAAUGUCAAUACCCGAAUUGCCGCAAGGUUAAGGGUCUUUUCCGCCAUGGAAUACAGUGCAAAACACGUGCCUCUGGAGGCUGUCUUCUCUGUAAGAGAAUGUGGUAUCUCCUUCAACUGCAUGCCCGAGCGUGCAAAGAAUCUGAAUGCCAUGUUCCACGUUGCAGAGAUUUGAAGGAACACUUGAGAAGGCUACAACAGCAGUCUGAUUCCCGACGCAGAGCUGCUGUGAUGGAAAUGAUGAGACAGCGUGCUGCGGAGGUUGCUGGUAAUGCUGGAUGAGCAAGUUGUACAUAAUGGAUGGAUACUUUGAAGAAAUGCUUCUAAGAGUAAGGUAGAUUAAUUACACAUCUUAAAGAGCUUAUUCUGUGGGCUGUAACCGGGUGCCGACGAUUAAAAACUGCACUUGUUGAUAAAUUAACUGGAUAAAGCUCCAAGGCAAAAGAACUGAUAGGAGGUUGACUGGGUAUAUUCCUGGGCUAUAAUUCUUUCAUACGUACCUCUCUGAAGUAGCUCCAUGGUAAAGUUCAUAUGUCAGAGCUGCUUGCUGCACUUCACUCAGCUGCCUUUUUACAGGGAGAAAGUUUGUCUCAAUAUCCAAGCUUUGGGGCUACGAGUGAUUCUUUUAUUUUUGGUUCUCAUGUAUUUUAUGGUUGCCAUCCUGUGUUGGCCUGUGUACCAUAGCUCUAGUGAAUCUACUGAUCUCAUGUUUGUAGAAUGUUUACCCGCCGAAGGAAAAUUGUGUUGGGAGAUUCGAGUAUCUUUUUCUCCACUCUCUUGUUUCAUCUCUUCCCUAACCCUAUUUUCUGGGUGAACUUUGAUCUUUAAAUGUCUGUAGAUGGGCUUUGUUUCUUC